AUAGCGCCUAACUAACUCAGCAGCACAGUCCAUGAUGCUCUAUUGACCUAGUUAACUCCAUCAAGUUAGAAGCCAUUGGAGGCAAACAGCUCACAUAUGCACACAGCUCGGAUCGGAUCAGAUCGUGCUAACUACCGAGUCACCACUAAGCUACUGUAGAUAGUAGCAGCAAGUAGCUAACCACCGAGUCACCACUAAGCUAAGCUAAGCUAAGCUAAGCUACAGGAGGAGAGGAGAGGAGAGGAGAGGAGAGAUCUAUAGACCGGCGACGGCUAGCUCGAUCGAUCGAUGGCGUUGGCGCAGCUGCAGGCGCAGGCGCGGUUCGUGGGGGUGGCCGCGACGAACGCCGGCGUGGAGCUGGAGCUGGACGAGCACCAGUCGCGGUGGGUGAGCCAGGUGCGGCGGCGGAUGGAGGCCGGGGCGGAGGAGCUGGGCGCGGUGGCCAAGGUCUUCGACGUGCCGCGGUUGCUGCGGGCGACCAGGCCCGAGGCUUACGCGCCGCAGCACUUCGCCCUGGGGCCAUACCACUACCAGCGGCCUGAGCUCAGGGACAUGGAGCGCUACAAGCUCGCCGCGGCCAAGCGCGCCGAGAAGCUCUUCACCGGCGACCGCAGGUUCGACGACCUCGUGCAGAAGUUUGUGAAGAUGCAAGAGACGAUCCGGGCGCCCUAUAACAGGUUCCUUGAUUUGAAUGGGCAGACGCUGGCAUGGAUGAUGGCUAUCGACACGUGCUUCCUCCUCGACUUCCUCGAGAGCUACCACGUCGACGUGGCCACCGACAUGGUGUCCUCCGCGACCAACUGGAUCAAUGCCAUGGUGCGCGACGCCAUGAUGCUGGAGAAUCAGAUCCCGCUCUUCCUCUUCGCCGGCGCGCUCCAGCUCCGCCACGCCUCCGAGGAGGCCGCCGCCAACGCAAUGCACUCCGUCUUGGACCGCUUCAUCAGGGACGUGUGCCCUAUCAAGACCACCGCGCUGGCCAUCGCCGGCGACAUCGCCAAGCACGCGCACCUGCUGGAGCUCCUCUACCACUUUCUCGUGCCCGCCUCGGCCGUCUUCGCCGCCGACGGCGCGGAGCUCCCGCCGUUGGUCCCAGAGGAGGUUCUCUCCCUCGACGCGCUCGAGCAGCAGAUCCCGGACUACGACAAGGUGAAGCAGGCGUGCAUGCAGGUCUCCAGCUUCGACGUGGCGCCUGUGCGUUUCAUCAAGAAGAACCUCAUCUCCAAGCCGAUGAGCGCGGCUUCGAGCCUCCCGGGGUUGAUCAUGCGCAAGGUGCCGCUGUUGUCGGCAAUGGCGCCGCUGUUCGGGAAGUUCAUGGCCUCGACGGACGUGGAGGCGCGGCUCAAGGGCGUGAACCUGGCCACCAUCAUCAACUCACCGCUGGCGCAGGAGAUCAUGAUCCCGUCGGUGGCGCAGCUGGCCGCGUGCGGCGUGCGGUUCGUGCCGGCCCCAGAGGGCAUGGCGGGGAUCGGCUUCGACGCGGCCACGGCGACGCUGACCCUGCCGGUCCUCCACCUCGACAGCAACACGGAGGUGAUCCUCCGCAACCUGGUGGCAUACGAGACCGCCGCCGUGCGCGGGCCGCUCGUGCUGGCGCGGUACACGGAGCUGAUGAACGGCAUCAUCGACACCCCAAAGGACGUGAAGAUCUUGAGAGAGUGUAAGAUCAUCUUCAACGCCAUGAAGAGCGACAAGGAGGCCGCGGACAUGUGGAAUGGGAUGUGCCGGGCAGUGCGGCCGACCAAGGUGCCGCUGCUUGACGGCGUGAUCAGGGAGGUCAACGCCCACCGGAACCGGAGGGUGGCCGUGAAAGCGAGAAGGUUUCUCAAGCGCUACGUGUUCAGGUCGUGGAGGCUGCUCACGCUGCUUGCCGCCGUCGUGCUGCUGCUCAUGACGGCGCUGCAGACCUUCUGCACCGUCUACGACUGCAAGCGCUGGUUCGGCGGCAUAUUGCAACUGCCGCAGAUAACGCCCGGAGGAGGGCAGUAGCAUAUGUGAUGCAAUGCAUUGCAGUAGGUUGCGCAUGUCGAGAAAAGCAUACGUUCGCCGUUGAUUCUACUGGAGAUUCACAUGCAUGCAUGCAUAUUUAAUUAGUAUUGCUCAAUCCAUCAGCCCUAUAUGAAUGUGGUCAUAUCAAGCAAUCAUUCAUAAUAAAACUAAUUUAUGAUAGUUGCAUAA